UCUUGCCCCAGAGACCGCUGCAUCCGAUCCCAGCCCUAUCUUCACCCUACCUCUCCAGUGACCAGUGACAAUGGGUCUCCUAUUAUCUGUUAUUCUAACCUACGCUGGGUUCAACGAAGCCGUAGAAUGUAUUAGACACAUAUUAAGCGGAAUCGUCCCCGAAGCCGAGCCAAAUUUUCAAGACCUAGUUGAAUACUAUACGAGACUUCUCCGAAAGGCAGCAAAUCGAGAUUGGACUAUAGAAUGCGGUCAGGGAUACCUCCAUUUAACUGAAAAUAACGACGGAUGCAUUAAGACAGCGGCUGUUAAAUUUUACGGCGACAAAACUAAUUCAACAGCUUUAUUGUUCUCGACAAAAAUAUCUAGCUUUGGCCAAGAUUCCAUUGAAGAUAACCGAGCAAACGGUGAUUAUAAACCCGAAAGGUAUUCGACAAAGACGAAAACUAUAAUCUCACAGGCGGCGGAAUCGUUCAGUGUUGGAAGUAAGAAGGUAUCACCAACUUCUUCUGAAACCGUUUCAGAUACGAAUGAUUCCGAAGAUAAGAAUCACAACGGCGAAGACAAUAAAGAUAAGUUGACGUGGGAGUACAUACCUAAGAGCACUUCUCCAUUACCCGAAAUAAACUUUCAAUCACACGACGGCGAUAAAAUUGAAGACGUUGCUUACACCGAAAACUAUUUAAGAUCACUAGAUGGAAUAAAGUGCAAGCCACUUCAACGAAAUGAUCCGAGUGGUAGAAGGAGAUCUUUUCGAAAACGUAAAUCAUCAUCUUCGAACUCAUCGAAAGAGUCGCGAGCCUCACGCGAGGAGGAACUGAAAGUGUUCACGUCACUCGAGGAAGAAGAGUUCAAAAGCAUGAGUAGAGAGAAUAAUUACACAGGUUUUGGGAGCGCUCCUUAUUUAGAGACGCAUUCUUAUUCCAGAAGUCGGUCGCGGUCAAAAGAGAAGUUCAAUAGCGUUGAUGAAACUUCAAACAAUCGUAGCGAGGAGAGAUUGGAAGUGAAGCAUCAGAGUCUUCCAAGAUUAGGUUCAUUUGAAGAGAAAGAUGAGAUCAAAGAGACGACAGAAGACAGUGAGCUUAUUUUCAGUAGCGAAUACACCAAGGCGAUGAACAAGGACUGGCAUAGCGGACACUUCUGCUGCUGGCAGUGCGACGAGUCCCUCACGGGUCAACGCUACGUGCUCAGAGAUGAGCAUCCUUUCUGCAUCAAGUGCUACGAAAGCGCCUUCGCCAACGGCUGUGAGGAGUGCAACAAGACCAUCGGUAUCGACUCCAAGGACCUGUCGUACAAGGACAAGCACUGGCACGAGGCCUGCUUCCUCUGCGCCAAGUGCCGCGUGUCUCUUGUGGACAAGCAGUUCGGCUCCAAGCACGAUAAGAUCUACUGUGGAAACUGCUACGACGCUCAGUUCGCUAGCCGCUGCGAUGGUUGUGGGGAGGUGUUCCGUGCUGGAACAAAGAAGAUGGAGUACAAGACUAGGCAGUGGCACGAGAAGUGCUUCUGCUGUGUGGUGUGCAAGAACCCCAUCGGAACCAAGAGCUUCAUCCCGCGUGAACAGGAGAUUUACUGCGCUGGUUGCUACGAAGACAAGUUCGCUACACGCUGCGUCAAGUGUAACAAGAUCAUAACGCAAGGUGGCGUAACCUACAAGAACGAGCCAUGGCACCGCGAGUGUUUCACCUGCACCAACUGUGACAAUUCGUUGGCCGGACAACGCUUCACUUCAAAGGAUGAGAAACCCUACUGCGCUGAGUGCUUUGGAGAACUCUUCGCUAAGCGAUGCACAUCUUGCACCAAGCCUAUCACUGGAAUUGGCGGCACCCGAUUCAUCUCAUUCGAGGACCGACACUGGCACAACGAUUGCUUCAUCUGCGCACAAUGCAAGACCUCUCUCGUGGGCAAGGGCUUCAUCACCGACGGACCUGACAUAAUCUGCCCAGAGUGCGCCAAACAGAAGCUCAUGUAAAUACUACAACAACCACUCGCGCUAACGAUAGACGACCAACGACCGGGAUACUAAUGCUUAAAUAAAUCUAUUGAAUUUAUCUAUUAUCAGACCACAAUCAAAAGUGUUUAUUGUAUUCGAUAUUGAAAUUUAUAUGUAAAGAGCACUAAGAACUGAAAAAAACACGCAACUGUGCUAAAUUCGGUAUUUAAAUUUAUCUAAAGUUAGCACGGUUUUCACAAGCUGUUAAAUUUGUAUUCAACAUUCGAAUUUAUCUAUGGUUGACAUAGAGAACCAAUAUGAAAUGAAUUACUGUGCUAUAUUCGAUAUUUGAAUUUGUCUAUGGUUACCACAGAGUUUGCUAUUUGAACGAAUAAAAAUCACAGAUCCGAUUGCACAUUACUAACUUCACGCGGGAAUUGGCGAACUUUUGCUUCAGCCUGCUUGAAUGUGUGGUACUAACAAAAACUGAUGUGUUUUUGUGGUUGUGCAGCGACAAUACCGUCCUGCCCCUAGUCGCAAACGCGCGAGAGUGGAUCGCGUCCGAUUCGGGACCUAUACCCGGCAACUUCUUUGGCCUGACUAAGACCUGCUUCCGUAAGGUCAACCCAAAGUCUCGUUACGCGAAAUGAUCAUAUUUUUAUACAAAACCCUCCAAAAAUCACAAAAAAAGUGGAUGCACAAAAGUAUUUUUGCUUUUUAUUUAAGAUGUUUAUAUAUUUUGAUUGUUUAACUUGUUAACAUUGUAUUUAUCGAACAUAUGCUAAUCGCCGUAUUAUUUCGCUUUGGCUGUCGUAUUUAGUCCUUUAGGUAGGUACCUAAGUUGAUACCUAGUGCAAUUCACACGAUGCCUUAAUAACAUAUCUAAGUCAAUUUGAGGGAUAUUUUGUGUUGUUAUUGUAAUAAUUUAUCAACACAAUUAUACAUCUCGUGCUAAGUAUGUAGUUUUCGAGUUUUUAUUACUAGAAUAUAAGAAAUAGUGCUUGUCGUUGUUUAUGCGUAAGUUUUAUCGACAAAGUAACGUACGAUUUAAGUAUUUAUUCAUCGGGUGAUGUGCGAUCAUUGCCAGAAUAGCUUCCUAACACUAAAUUGUUGACAAUGUGUAGUUUUUACUAAUAAAAUAAUAUUUUUGUUCUCGAAUAGGAGUCGUGUUAAAUGUAAAUGUUAAUCUAUUUUUACAUAUUUUUCUAGUUUAGUGUAAGAGAACAUCCGAGAAUUGAGACCAUGAACGUCAGGGGAACACUUAAGGGUUAAUUGUUAAGGGAUAAAUUAUUCAUGUUGAUGAAAGAUUAUAUUUACGUGUAUACAUUUUGCUUAACUGUGUGAUCUGAUCUAAUAUUCUUGUAUUUAUCUACCCAUAGAUUGUAUUAUAUUAUAAAUUAAAUUAUCAAAAGUAACUUCA